AUGCAGAUGUCAGGGGCAAUGAAGAUGGUUCCAUUCCUGGACCAACCCGUGAUGUUACACUCAGAUCGGGAUCCGGGAAAAUGCACCAUGACACCAGAGCAAUGCGCUUACAAGUUCUCGUACUGGGUAUUUUGGUAUGAAGCAGAUCACCGAUAUGCUCUACCGACAGUUGCCUUCUUCCUCGUGGCAAUCAUCCUAUUCACAAUCUCCCGAUUGAUCUCCAAGGUCACACCCCAGGGAUUGAAGCGGAAAUCACUAUGGUCACGGCUUGUGGCCGGGCUUCGAUUUAUCUCCUACAAGAGUUGGAAUAUUUGGGGAUGGAACACGCAUUCUCUGGGAACUUAUAUGCUUGCAGCUGCGGGCGCAGUAUUUUUCCUAGCCAUGACCCUUGGGCCACAUCCUUACUACUGGCCCAAUACGAAAGAAAUUAGUUAUGGCGGCUCACCCCCUAUCGCCACUCGUGCUGGAUUCAUGGCCCUGGCUUGUUUGCCUUUCUUGAUUGUUCUAGGUGCAAAGGCAAACCCGAUCACCGCGUUGACAGGAAUCUCCCACGAGAAGUUGAAUAUUUGGCAUAACUGGGUGGCCUGGGCUAUGUUUGUACUAGCCCUGGUGCAUACAUUUCCUUUCAUCAUUGUCCACAUUGAGAAAGGUGACUUGGUUGAAACUUGGAACACAGGUGGUGUUUGGGUCACCGGUGUUGUUGCCCUCAUAGCUCAGGCUUGGUUAACCUUCAUGUCUAUCCCCUGGAUCAGAAAUCGGUACUACGAAUUUUUCAAAGCAACCCACCUCUUCAUGGCCCUCGCCUUUGUCAUCUUCUUCUUCCUCCAUUGCGAUUUCCGGAUGUCCUCCUGGGACUACUUCAUCGCCACCGCAGUGAUCUACACGAUGUGUUUCCUCUACUCACAAUGCAAGACCUACAUCGAGCAUGGAUUCAGACACAAAGCCAGCCUAGUCCCAGAGACGAAUGAUACUUUGAAAGUAACCAUCGACACAAAAAUGACCUGGGCUCCAGGUCAACACAUAUUUAUUCGCUUUUUGACCUGUGGUGUUCACGCAUUCACAGCUCACCCGUUCACUAUAUGCUCGGUACCCCAAAAGGACAACAAGAACCAACUCGUGUUUUAUGUCAAGCACCGCGGCGGGUUGACAGGACGACUCAUGAAACUAGCCGAGAAGAACCCUGGGGUCCAAAUCCCUGUUAUGCUGGACGGACCCUACGGAGGAAUUCCAGACAAACAUAUCGAUCAAUUCGACAAGAGCCUGAUUGUUGGAGGCGGCGCCGGCGCCGGGUUCACUCUCUCCUUGCUUGAAAACUUCAUUUAUCUUACCAGUUUCGUGGGAUACAAAGCCGAGAUGAAAGUGGUGGUCGCAACACGCGACCCAGGAAUGCGAGCUUGGUUCACGCAAGCAGUGGAGGACAUCGCGGCCCGACACUCUCGAUCAGGUGUCAUUGAUGGACUGUCGAUUGAUAUCCAUGAAACGCAUCAUGAGCAGGGCUCAGAUACUGCUCUGGAUACUCUUGUUCACCAUCCUAAAUCGGAAAAGGACACUUCUGAGACUGGCGAAGAACGCAGAAGAGCAGAAAUGCUGGGAAUCCGAUUCUUGACUGGUCGUCCCGAUUUACCAACGCUGACCCGGGAGUUUGCAAGCCAAAGAGAUUCCUCUGUGGCUGUGGUGGUUUGUGGUCCAGCAUCCAUGAAUUAUGAUGUCAGCGAGGCUGCUGCUACGGCGCAACGAAGAAUCCUUGCCCAGGGGGAUUGUGCUCGGGAGGUUUGGCUUCAUACCGAAAGUUUCUCAUACUGA